CGAAUGAAAUUUUUCACAGUCGUAAGAGUGUAUUCUAAUAUCAACUAAUAAUUAAUGACAAAUAACAUUUUUAUAAAAAAUAUUGUAAAUCAACACAGAUGACACAAUUUAGUAGAAUGAUUGUUUUUAGUAAAUUGUUACGAAGAGUAGAUUAUAUUAAAAAAAUCAAUAUGUGCUCCAAAAAUAUUUUUUAUUUACUAAAAUCAAAUACAUCGAAUGUUAAGAAUUUUAACAUAGUAAGAAUUUAUCAUACAUCAGUUUAUAAAUCAAAUGUGAAUGUUUUUAAGAAUGCAACAUCCAAAGAUCUUCAAAAAUUACCUAAAACAAUUAAUAAAUCAGAAUUAAAAAGAUUAUUUGAAUUAGCGAAACCUGAACGAUGGAAACUCAUGACUGCAAUAGGUUUUUUAAUAGUUUCAUCAACAGUUACAAUGGCUGUACCUUUUUGUGUAGGAAAAAUUAUAGAUGUAAUAUAUGUCGAAGAUAAAAAUAAAACGAAAGAGAACUUAAAUCGUUUCUGUCUUAUUUUAUUCGGAGUAUCUAUGAUUGGUGGCUUAUGCAAUUUUGGAAGAAUAUAUUUUAUGUCAACUUCAGGUUAUAGAAUUACUCAAAACUUAAGGAAGAAAGCUUAUUCAGCUAUUCUUAGUCAAGAAGCUGGAAUGUUUGAUAAAAUGAGUACUGGAGAAUUAGUGGGAAGAUUAACAGGUGAUGCGCAAUUAGUCAGUGCUGCAGUAACUAGCAAUAUCUCUGAUGGUCUUCGUUCUUCCAUUACAACAAUAGUUGGUACUUCAAUGAUGUUCUACACUUCUCCUCCACUAGCUUUGGUGGGCUUGUCGAUUGUGCCAAUUAUUGCAGGAUUAAUUAUCACUUAUGGCCGGAUUGUUAGAAAAAUAUCAAAAGACGUGCAAAAUAGUCUUGCAGUUUUGAAUACCACCGCAGAAGAAAAAAUUAGCAACAUUCGAACUGUAAAAGCUUUUGCUCAAGAACAAAAUGAGAUUAAGCGGUAUUGUUUAAAGUUAAAUGAUUUAUUAAAUUUAUGUUAUAAAGAAAGCUAUUAUCGAGGAAUGUUUUUUGGAUUAUUUGGAUUCUCUGGAAAUGCCAUUGUUAUAUCUGUUUUAUAUUACGGUGGAUUUAUGUUAUCAGACUCUUCAAUAACUAUUGGAAAUUUAAGUGCUUUUUUGAUGUAUGCAGGAUACAUUGGGAUUUCAUUAACUGGAAUAUCAAAAUUCUAUUCAGAAUUAAAUCGAGCUCUUGGAGCAAGUACAAGGCUCUUUGAGUUAAUUGAACGUAAGCCUAAAAUUCCUUUUGAAGGUGGAAAAAUUUUAGACAGACCUCUGACUGGAGACAUUAUUUUCCAAAAUAUCAACUUCGCCUAUCCAACAAGAGAAGGCAAUUUGAUUUUGAAGGACUUUUCACUUCACUUAAGUUCAUGUUCAAUAAAUGCAAUAGUUGGACCAUCCGGUUCCGGAAAAUCAACAAUAGCUCUAUUACUUUUAAGACUUUACGAUCCAAUUUCCGGAGACAUUCUACUAGAUGGUAAUGAUAUGAAGAUUCUUAAUCCGUUAUGGAUAAAAUUACAAAUUGGAUUUGUAGCGCAGGAACCGAUUUUAUUUAAUGGAACAAUUAGAGAAAAUAUAAGUUAUGGAACAAAUGAAGUGAAUAAUAACGAUAUUAUUGAAGCUGCAAGGAUUGCUAAUGUAUUAGAGUUUACUGAAAAAAUGACCGAUGGAUUAAAUACAAUAGUCGGCGAAAGAGGAGUUACUUUAAGUGGAGGACAACGUCAAAGGAUUGCAAUAGCUAGAGCUUUAAUCAAAAAUCCAAAAAUUUUAAUUUUGGAUGAAGCAACAAGUGCAUUGGACGCUGAAAGUGAAAAUUACGUGCAAGAAGCUUUAGAACGAGCUACUAAGGGCCGCACAGUUUUGAUUAUUGCCCAUCGAUUAAGUACAAUUAAAAAUGCAGAUAAAAUAGCGGUGCUUGAUCAAGGUCGAGUAAUUGAAACAGGAAAUUAUACAGAUUUAAUGCAAAUUGAAAAUGGAUUAUUUAGAAGAUUAAUUAAGUAUCAAACAUUUAGUUAGAAAGAAUAAUUAGUUUAUUCUAUUUCCUAAUUUAUAUAAAUUUUAUUGGUAGAGCAAAAAAUAUAAACAAUAUUUAUAUUAAUUAUCAGUUACCUUUUAUUUACUUUUUUGUUUUAAAUGGAUUAUGUAAGAAUUGAGUGUUUGAUAAUAAAUUAUUUUGUUAAUUCUA